CCCUCCGUCCGGGACAUGCGCGCGGCUGCCCUCGAGCCCCAGGCGGCGGCGGAGGAGUGCGGCUGCUUGCCUUGGGGGCCCUCGCGCCCUCCCGCCGCCUCCCGCUUCUCGCGCUUCCCGCUUCUCCCGCGCAUCGGCAGCGCCACCGCCGCCCAACCCCUUCCACCGCCGCCGCCGCCGCCGGAGCCAGCCAUGGCGCUCGCCUUUGGGGCCAUCCAGCCGGGUGCCUAUCUGGAGAUCAAGCGGAGCGACGGGCGCAUCCACCCGGCGCUGGUGACGGCGCUGCACGAGGAGAGCGGCUGCGUGACGGUGGAGUGGAUCGAGCGCGGCACCAACAAGGGGAAGAAGGUGGAGUUGGCGCUGGCCUUCGCGCUCAACCCGCACCUGGCCCCGACGGCGGGGAGGUUCAGCCCCGAGCAAGGCGACCGCUCCGGCCUCACGCCCCGCUUCGGGCUCAGCCCCGUGCCCCAGGAGAAGCAGCCCGGUGGGGAUGCCGCCGAGAGAGAGCAGCAGCUGCCCUUGCUGCGAAGGCCGCCGUCGGCGGGCGCGGCCGGCAGGCUCAGCCCCAGCCCCAGCCUGGCCCGCAAGUCGCCCUGCGUCCUGGAGGUGGAGCGCCUGCGCGAGAGGCGGGAGAAGAGGCACCAGGAGGUGCUGGAGAGGCGCGCCCGGCGAGGGGCCCGCGACGCCCACCCGCACGCCGACCUCAUCGACAUGAUCGCCCAGUACCGCGCCACCUUGCAAGGCGAGGGCGGGACCGAGGCCCUCCUGGCCCGCAGCGGCGCCCUGGAGCCCAGCCGCUCCCUGGUCUCGACCUCCGGCAGCAGCACCCGCCGCAUCUGCGUCUGCGUGCGCAAGAGGCCGCUCAGCCAGCGCGAGGCCGAGCUCAAGGACAUCGACGUGGUCAGCAUCCCCUGCCCUAACGUGGUCAUGGUCCACGAGGCCAAGCAGAAGCUGGACCUGACCCGCUACCUGGAGAACCAGGCCUUCCGCUUCGACCACGCCUUCGACGACUGUGCCACCAAUGAGAGCGUCUAUAGGCACACGGCUCAGCCCUUGGUGGAGAUCGUCUUCCAAGGCGGCAUGGCCACCUGCUUCGCUUACGGCCAGACUGGCAGCGGCAAGACCCACACCAUGGGCGGCGACUUCUGCAGCAAGCGGCAGGACUCUUCCACUGGCAUCUACGCCAUGGCGGCCCGGGAUGUCUUCCGCCUGCUGCAGGAGCCUGCCUACAAAGCCCUCGGCCUCCAAAUCUUUGGGGCUUUCUUUGAGAUCUACUGGGGCAAAGUCUACGACUUGCUCAAUUGGAAGACCCGUCUGAGGGUGCUGGAAGACAGCCACCAGCAGGUUCAGGUAGUGGGGCUGUUGGAGCAGGAGGUCCUCUGCAUGGAGGAUGUCAUGAAGUUGAUCGAAGUGGGCAAUCGGUGCCGGACGUCGGGACAGACCUCAGCGAACUCCCACUCCUCACGCAGCCACGCCGUCUUCCAGAUCAUCCUCAAGCGGAGAGGGAGGCUCCAUGGCAAGUUUUCCUUGAUCGAUUUGGCUGGCAAUGAGCGAGGGGCGGAUACCUCCUCCGCAGACCGGCAGACCAGGCUGGAGGGAGCAGAGAUCAACAAGAGCCUCCUGGCGCUCAAAGAAUGCAUCCGAGCCUUGGGACGCAACAAAGGCCACACGCCCUUCCGCGCCAGUAAGCUCACCCAAGUGCUGAGGGACUCCUUCAUCGGAGAGAACUCCUGCACUUGUAUGAUCGCCACCAUUUCUCCGGGGAUGAGGUCCUGUGAGCACACCCUCAACACCCUCAGGUAUGCCAACCGAGUGAAAGAACUCUCUGUGGACCCCAAUGCCUUCAGACAAUUUCACCCCAUCUUGCCUCGGCCCAUCAUCCAGUUAGAAGACUUGACAAGACCAUGGACCAUCCAGAGUUUGCCAGAAACAGAUGAGUUCAAGGUGUUUUGUGUACAGAAAGAAGACCAAAUCUCCCCGCCGGCACCAUCGUUUAUCACCAGCGGUAAGGGUCAGAAGAAGAGGAAAGAAAUGGACGAGAGAGCUCUGGUGGAAGAGCACCAGGAGUCUCUCAGGUGGUUGAAAACUUUCUUCCAAAUGACAGAAGAUGCGGACUAUGACAUGGAGUUUUAUGCUGCCCAGUUUGAAACAGUCCUGGCCCAAAAGAUUGCCAUCCUGUCGGACAUCCAGGACAAAGUGAAAUCUUUUCGUACCAGCCUCUCCAAGGACGAGUUGGGGGCCAAUAGGCACAUAAUCCUAAAGAGGUCCCGCAUGCUGUGAAUUGCAAGGAUGGGAGGAUCCCAUUCAAUUUUUACUGUCAAUCUAUGUCAGUUUUAGGAGGCUGUGCAUCUUCCCAUAAUGUUACAGCUUUAAAAAGUAUCUAAGAUCCUA